GCACGGUCCCUGAAGGCAGCGUAAGAAGAGGAGGGUGUCGUGUUUUUGGAGGAAGAAAGCUGAAGACGGAGGAGAGUGUGUGAACUCCAGAACUUGGUCUACAACUUCGCUGCCAUUUUCCUCUCUUUAAAGGACUUGAAACACUUCUUUCAUCGCGUCGAGGAUCCUGAUCAUCAUCUGCCAUGGCUGUGGAAGGUGGAAUGAAAUGCGUCAAAUAUCUACUUUUCUUUUUCAACUUCAUUUUCUGGAUUUGUGGACUUGCGCUGAUUGUCGUGGGAGUCAUCGUGCAGGUAUCUCUGCACAAAACGUUUCUGAUUCAUGACGCCUCGGCCUCUGCAGCUCCCAUUUUCAUCAUUGCAGUGGGGGUUUUGAUUUUCUUCAUUGCGUUCUUCGGCUGCUGUGGAGCCUGGAAAGAAAACUACUGCAUGGUCACCACGUUUGCAGUCCUUCUCUCGUUGAUCAUCCUUGCUGAGAUUGCUGCAGCAAUUCUUGGAUACGUUUACAGAAACAAGCUCUCAGUCAUCGUCCAGGACAGUCUCAACGAAAUGAUCAGCAACUACCAAAACAGCACAACAGAAUUCAGAGACGGCGUGGACAAACUGCAGGAGGGCUGGAAGUGCUGCGGUGUGAACAGCUCUCAUGAUUGGAAGGAGUUUAGCAUCGAUGGAAACACAGUGCCUGACUCAUGCUGCGUGAACGUCACUAAAGGCUGUGGAAAAGGAACCAUGACAGAUGCCAGAAAAGUGCACCAGCAGGGUUGCCAUGAUGUCUUGGAGGCCUUCCUGAAGAAAAACAUUCAGUGGGUGAUAGUUGCAGCUCUCGUUAUUGCGUUCCUGCAGAUUUUGGGCAUCGUGUUUGCCUGCUUGUUGAUGAGAAGCAUCCGCAGCGGCUAUGAAGUCAUGUGAUUCAUUUACAAAUAACUGAUUGGUGGUCAGGUCCUACUUAGCUAAGCUUAGUUUCAAAAUGGUUAAUAUGUUCACAUCAACGUUUCUAUAGCAGUCACAGAUAUUUUUUCCUUAUGAAGUUGUGGGGUAAAUGCAUAAGAAACAUUAACAUUUAGAGUAAAGCUGAUGAAUGUUUUAGGGUUUAGAGGAAGACUAAAGACAAUGCUGUUGACUAUUCUGAAUCUAUUUUGGGGUUACGUUUUUAUGUUCUGGUUCCAUUUGUAAUAAAGUUUCCUUAAAUCACAGGGGUUAUCAUUAAAGACAAACAGUAAAGAAAACCAA